UAACGCAGGGGCCCAUGCCCACUCCCCCCUGGCCCUCUGUCUAUAAAGGUUCUGUCCCUCCCUGGUCAGACACACUCUCCCUCAGUGCUGCCAGUCUGAAUCAAAGGUCUGCCAUGAUGCCCCCCAGCGUCUCAGGGCUGCUCCUCACCUGUCUGCUGCUGCCAGGCCUGACACAAGGCCAGGAGGAUGCUGCUGGGCCCCCCUCUGCCAGGAAAUCCUGCCCCCAGGGCUUUGCCCUCCAGGGCUCCCACUGCUAUGGCUUGUUGGGUCCUGAGGAGACCUGGAACACUGCCGAGUUGCUGUGCCAGGCCUACCCCUCAGGCCACCUGGUGUCCCUGCUCAAUGAGGCUGAGGCCUCCUUUGUGGCCACCAUGAUCAUGGAGCAUGGGAUUAAGGGGACCCCUGUCUGGAUUGGCCUGCAUGACCCCAACAAGAACCGCAGGUGGAGAUGGAGCAGCAAUGCCCUUUACCUCUACCAAGCCUGGACCAAGGGCUCCCCAAACGGAACCAACCCAAACUACUGUGUGAGCCUGACUCCUGAGUCUGAUUUCAGGAGCUGGAAAGAUGUACCUUGUUACAAUAAGUACCUCUAUCUCUGCAAGUUCACAGCCUAAAGGGCUCAAGCCACAAGAAGUUGGAAUGCUGCUGCCUUGGAGCCAAACACAGCCAAAGAGGUCCAGGGCCAUGAUCUCUUUGCCUUCCCAGAGCAUCUUCAUCCCAUCUGACUUUCUCACACCAGUGCUUCCUCUCCCCUUUGUUAUCCCCCAAUUGUCUGCACUUCCUUUUGGCUACUUCUCUUCCCAUUACACCCUACUCAGUGCUUACUGCCUCAGGGCUUUUUAUGCCAUAUACCAGGACUAGCUCAGUGUUGAUAAAUUACCUGAAUAUUAAUGGUCACACUACUUCAAAAAGCAGAAGACAGCAAGUUUAAGUUCUUUUGACAAGUAUUGGUAAGAUAAGGAUUCUUAAGCAAGGAAUCAAAGAGAUCAGUGAACACACAAAUCUGAUCACUUGAAAUCAAAACAUUAAGCUUGACCUUAAUAUAUCAAAUGUUAUCUUCUCCUCUAUUGUUAGGGUGGAGGGGACAAUGCUCUCCACUGUGGAUGCCUUCACAUAGUCCUUUGACUUUGGGAGGAUUCUCCUUCAAGUUCUUUCCCAUGGUGUUGUAUCUAUGGAUGGCUCUGUUGUAGUAUCUGCCAAUGGUUGUGUGUCUUUUAAUAAAUUUCUUUCUGACCUAA